AUGUUUAGCUUUGGUAAGACUGCCAAUAAUACUGCUACUACCGGAAAUACAGGUACUACUGCCGGAUUUUCCUUUGGUCAGAAUAGCAACACUGCAAACACCAGUGCUGCUGCACCUGGCGGACUCUUUAGCAAACCAGCUGCUCCACAACAAACGGGGAGUCUAUUCGGUGGUACACCAUCCCAACAAGCCCAACCUGCCACUAGUGGGUUAUUUGGAAACACGAACCCUACUACAACCACUGGUGGUCUGUUCGGAAAUGCUACAACUGCUCCUGCCUCGGGUGGCCUAUUUGGAAAAUCUACUGGAACGCAGUCUGCUGGUAAUGGUCUUUUUGGCAAUACUAUAGCCCAGCCAGCUCAACAACAACAACAACAACCUUCUUUAUUCGGUUCAAAUACAUUGAAAUCCACACAACCAUCUUUUGCUUGGACUGAACAAUCGCAGAAUAACCAGCAAUUAAGCCAACCUCAACAAACCCAACAACAAAUACAACAGCAGCAGAUUCUGCAACAACAACAACAAAUGUUCCAAAACUCUAACUACCCACACCAAAUCCAGGAACAACUAAUAAAAUGUAAAGAAUUAUGGGACCCUAGCAAUAACAAAUCAAAACUAAAGUCUUUUGUAUAUAACAAGGUCGACGAAACAGAGGCCAUACUAUACAGUAAGCCAAAUACAAUCCCUCAAGAGGAAUGGGAUGCUGCAAUUGAGAAGAAGCCAUCAAAAGAUAUGAUUCCAAUAGAAAUUUUAGGAUACGACGGUCUCAAUCAACGUAACCAAUUACAAAGAGAAAAUGUUGCUCAAGCUCGUGUGAUAUUCAAUCAAUUGUUAGAAAAAUCUACUCAAUUGCAACAAAAACAUGAACUAAGUACAUCUUCAAGAAUAUUGAAAGCUCAAGCGAGAAAUUCAGAAAUAGAAAAAAGAAUAUUAAAGCUAGGAUCUCAAUUAGCCAUUUUAAAGAGUAGAGGCCUACCAUUGAAUGCACAUGAAGAAAAGAUGUGGGAUCAAUUUGAAACUCUACUAAAGAGAAGUGAGAACCCUGCAGGUCUAGGCAAAACUAAUGAACUUUGGGCACGUCUUGCAGUACUCAAGGAAAAGGCCAAAACAAUUUCAGAGCAAUUAGACAAUACUUUAGUGGUUAUAGAUGAAAAUGGUGCUAAGCAAAAUAACAGAGAUCAUGUAUCAGAAGAGCAUGUUGAAAAUAAAAUUGAUAAAAUUGCUGAAAUAUUAAGCAACCAACAACGUGGUAUCACUUAUCUGAAUAACGUACUAGUUAAAGAUCAUGCUACCCUAGAUAAACUGAUUUCUAAAUAA